AUGCAACUUCUUGAUCCUUUCACUUCUACAGAGUAUCUUUCUUUGAAAUACUUUCUGUGGAUCGAAACACAACAAUGCAGAAACGCGAAGGAACAAAAAGCCGACGCUGUCUUCAAUGCAUUGUUCGGAAGAAAAAGUGUGACUGCGCGACACCAAAGUGCAGUCGCUGCAGCAGGUAAUUUUGCACAACGAGGGGUUGACCGCGCUGUGCUGAUGAUAGAAAGAGUCGGAUUGAAAUGUAGCCUGGAGCAUAGCACCGAGGGUUCCGAUACUCACAAUGGUAACCAGCAUUCUUCUGCCUCAGGCUGUCCUCGACAGAAUUCGAUCGUGGCAGCGCCAAUAGAAGACACAUCUGCUGUGUAUCAGGACACUCUGUCACGGGUUUAUCCCGCUGGAUUCGGUGGUUUUGGGAAUAUUGUCGACUUCUUGGACAUUCUGCCCUCAGCGGGUCAUAAUGUUGCUGGGGACGUGGAACCAUAUUUCCAGAGCUUCAAUAAGUGGUUACCAGUGGUUGACGAAAGGUGUUUCUAUCAACGCUACGAUGAUCCUACCAACCCCCCAGACCAGGCAUUCAGGACUCUCCAGCUAGCCUGCGUCCUCUUGUCAAGAAUAUCUCCACCGUUCACAGCUGCCGAUCAACCACGGAGCAAAGAGUUGUAUGUAUUGAUCAAUUUGUCUGUUAUCAGGCUCGUCUCCAACGGAGGUUCAAGUCUUGAAGUGUUGCAGGCAAAGAUUUUGCUUGCCUUGUACGAACACUUGACAGCAAAUCAUAUUGCGGCAGUACAAUCGCCUCAGCAGCUGCAGUUGCUAGGGGCCUCGGUCUAUUACAGUGGCAUUGUGAUCCCAAGCCAAGGGGAAGAGCUCUCGCGGAUCAAGCAUUAUAUAAGGUCGCAUGGUGUCUAUACAUUCUGGAACGGCAAGUUUUGA